UUCACCCUAGCUUCGUGUGGACACAUCUUUCACCAGAAGUGUCUCAAAAAGUAUCUGGUGAAUAAAGAAGCGCGAUGCCCGAAUAAGAAUUGUAAUAGAGAUAUUGAAACUUUUCUCUCUCCGGAUCUUUUUAAGGAAACGGGCAAACCUACAUCCUCAACUGCAGAUGUCACUAAGCCAGUGGAUUCGAGAAAUCAAACUCCCGUGAAUGAUGAUGUAACACUAAUGGACGAACUAGGAUUAUUAGGCGAAGAGGAACAAAGUUCGUCCAAGACUACCGACAAGACAUCAAGCUCUAUUCAGAUCAUUAAAGAAACUUCUGACCAGGCAACUAGCCCUAUUGAGGUUGUUAGCACUACACCUGGUAAUCCCGAAAAUUUGGAUGACUUGAUUUCGAAGGAACUCUCUAGCGGACAAAUCCAACGCCCUAUAUUUUUUGAAAGACACCAUCUUUUUAUCCUGCAAUCAUGCUGUGUAUUUAGAUUGCAUUAA